ACUACGCAUGCGCCAACAACAGCGGAGUUUUCGCUGGUAGGCUGUGGGCAGUUCCUGUGAUACAGUGAACUGGUGAUGUGGAUGAAAUAACGGUUUCUAGUUCAUCAGCUUCGGAUGGAAAAUGAGGAGAUAAAACCAGGUUUGCAAUCGACAUGAGAUGAGCUAAGUGAUGCUUUGAUUCAAACCAGCGCAGAUCAAACAACUGCAGAGGAGAUGGGUCAACUUUGGCGGCCAGACAUCGCCCUGUCGGAGAGGUUGGGGAAUGACUCUCCUGUCGGCUUCGCCCCGGGGCCCCCAGCCACGGUGGCCCCACAACAGUCCAACUCCUCCUGGGUCCCAGAAGCCCCAGUGGUCACACCAGAAGAGCCAAUUUUCCUCAUGACCUCCACUGCCCAAAUUAUUUCAGGGUUUUUUGUUUGGACGGCUCUUCUGAUCACGUGUCACCAGAUCUACAUGCAUCUGCGUUACUACAGCUCUCCAAAUGAACAGAGGCACAUAGUAAGGAUCCUCUUCAUAGUCCCCAUCUAUGCCUUCGACUCCUGGCUCAGCCUUCUCUUUUUCACCAAUGAGGAGUAUUACGUGUACUUUGACACGGUCCGAGACUGCUACGAAGCCUUUGUCAUCUACAACUUCCUGAGUCUGUGCUACGAGUAUCUGGGAGGAGAGAGCGCCAUCAUGGCCGAGAUCAGAGGGAAACCCAUCGAGUCAAGCUGUAUGUAUGGCACCUGUUGUCUGUGGGGCAAGACCUACUCCAUUGGCUUCCUCAGGUUUUGCAAACAGGCAACUCUCCAGUUCUGUGUGGUGAAACCUCUGAUGGCAAUGAUCACUGUCAUUCUUCAGGCCUUCGGGAAAUACAAAGAUGGAGACUUUAACGUUGCUAGUGGCUACCUGUAUGUGACCAUUAUCUACAACAUCUCCGUCAGUCUGUCGCUCUACGCUCUCUUCCUCUUCUACUUCGCCACACGUGAACUGCUUGUCCCAUACAACCCCGUGCUCAAGUUCUUCAUGGUCAAAUCAGUCAUCUUUCUCUCCUUCUGGCAAGGGAUGCUGCUGGCCAUCCUGGAGAAGUGUGGAGCCAUCCCUCAGAUCACCUCAGCCGGUUUCUCUGUGGGCGAGGGAACAGUUGCCGCUGGUUACCAAAACUUCAUCAUCUGCAUUGAGAUGUUCUUUGCUGCCGUCGCUUUGCGCCAUGCCUUUACUUACAAGGUGUACAUGGAUAAAAGGCUGGACUCAUAUGGUCGCUGUGCCCCAAUGAAGAGCAUCUCCAGCAGCCUGAAGGAGACCAUGAAUCCGGGGGACAUGGUCCAGGAUGCCAUCCAUAACUUCUCCCCAGCGUAUCAGCAGUACACCCAGCAGUCCACACUGGAGCGAAGUGGGGGGCCACCCCUCUCCCGUAGCCACAGUAACCUCAGCACCCGCGGGGACAACGAAAAGACCCUGCUGCUCAGCUCUGACGACGAGUUCUGAGACUCAAACACACGCUCGCUUUACGCCCGUAGUCCACAUAGAUUUAUUUUUUUUUUUAAUCACCUUUGUGAGACACAUCACGUGUUUUGUUGUUACCUUAACAUGGAAGAUCAGAUUUGGUUUCCCUUUUUGUUUUGUUUUUUACAUUUAGAAUGGAAAGAUCUGAUUCAUGUCAGACUUAUGGAGCUGUGGUUGACAGACUGUGGGAAGGGAUUGAGUGUUUUUACAAGGAAAGAGAGGUAAUAAUUGGAUCAGUAGGAACAGAGGAUGGAAAGGUUGUUGUCAAAUUUAGUCAGGAAGAAGAGAAGUCACGAUGUUUAGACAUUAUCAGGUUUACUAACUGGUCAUGUUGUCAUUUGUAUUGAUGUCAUAGAGGCCAUUAAUGACAGAACUACCAUAUCACACGGGUCCAAAUAACCCCUGCCUGCAUAUAGCGUCCUUAAGCUGAAACAUACAAAUAAAUGACAGAUAUAAGGUGUAUGCUAGAGCAAAUAAGUGCCAUCUUAAUCUAACACCCUUCAUCUUUCAGUUAUUAUAUUGAUUCUGAAUCCAAACUCCUCCUCUGCCAAUUUUGCCUCUUACCGAAACAUUGCCAAAUAUUGAAGAGUACCCCGUGCUCCAGUCAAUGAGACACACUGUCUUAAGAUUUAGAAUUGAUUUAUAGUCGAGCAAAACUAAGGAGCCUUUGAAUUGCCAGGCUUUGUUUUAAUAUAUAACAAUUUAAUCACAUUCUUUUAUUUUAAUGUAUGACCUUGAAGGUUUUAAAUUUAAAGAGUAGUUUGUUGGAAAAUUGUUAUUCCAGAAAUCUUCUAGAUAUUCAGUGUUUUCAUUUUGUUGUGGGUUCUUAUGAACAAGUAGCUCAAAUGUGUAAUUCUAUGAAGCUGUUGGGCUCCUCGUGCAAUGCUAUUGUUUGUGUAGCACUGAGGUAACAGCUGUAGGAGAGAUUUUAGUGUGUGGCAGGGAGACGGGCGGAAGGGCGAAACCCACACUGAUUACAGAUUACUGAAGAAGAAACAGUUCCCUGCAGAGCCGGCCCAGCUGUGAUGUGCUGUGGAUUGUAAUCCCAUAAUUAAGGGCAUAACAUGUAGCCCAGAUCAGGCCUGCCUCUGCUGGUUAUUGUUUAUAAAGGUGUCACUGCUAUAGAGAGUUAGUCAAGGCGUCAGUCAUUACAGACAGAUAAGGCCAUGCCAAGAUGUGUCGGGUCUUAAAUCAGACCAAAAUCACAUCUGGAAAAGGAAUAUAUGGGCAUUAAAAGUUUGUAUGCAAGAUGCAUAGAUGCACUCAGAUUUGUUCAGGGGCGCACUACAGCGGUGAUGCAUGUUAGAGAAAAAAUCCUCAAGCUGCCUGUCAUCCUCUGUUUUUCCUAUUAGGAGAGUUUCUACGUUAUCAACUGAUGUUUAAUAUGCGUUUUAGCAGGGGCCAGUAAAGAAGCGGCUUGUGAUCGUAAACGUAAAUGUUUGACGGCAGAGCACAGCGAUAUAUAAAAGCUGAGUAGAUCCUUUUUGCUGUCUCGUUUUCCUCUUACCUUACAGUGAGUGCAGUCUAAACACAUUUUACAGAUUGACCGCAGGUAAACGAACAGUAUGAAUGUAGUCCGGAUGAAGAAUUAACAGACGAAUGGAUGUGCAUCCGUCAAAGGAGAACACUCAACUUUCUGAUGAGAAAAUCGUAUUCAGUCCGCAGAAUAACCCAUAACCCUACCAGCCACCUCUUACACGCAGUUAAUAACACAUCACUUUUUUUAUCUGACUUUCCACUGAACCUGUAGUGCUUCAGUUAAAGGCAAGGUUUGGUUGAGUUGUAACACUUAACUUAGUUGUGAAAAAGUGAAAUGUGCUGCCUUUUACUCUGCCCCAAGUUAACAGCAUAUCAAACUCAGGCAUCUCGAUUCAAAACACUAUCAAAUGAUAGCUUUGGUAGUAUGAUUUGAAAGCUAGAUGUUAAUCACAAAGCUGAAUAUAUAUUAAACGAGGAAAUAUUAUACCAGAAGGGAAGGAAUGUUGUAAAUAGUUCAAUUAAGUGCUGCGAAUGAUGACACUAAUGGCAUUGCUUGGUGUAAUGCUUUAGUUUAAUAUUUUAAUUUUCAUAUAUUCUCCUGUUUUAUUUCUGUUGUACACUUUUUAAUUUGUAUAUUGGUAAUAUUAUCUCUUGUUUUGAUGCUCUAUUGGUUCCUGUCGGUGUUAAAAAGGAAAUAAAAUACAAAUCCAAACAAGA